AUGCGUGAGGCUAUCUGCAUUCACAUCGGCCAGGGUGGUGUGCAGAUCGGAAAUGCGUGCUGGGAGCUCUUCUGCCUCGAGCAUGGCAUGCCAGAUGCCAAGCGAAACUCGUCUUACCAUCGCAUAAAGACAAGACGAUCGGAGGUGGUGAUGACGCUGGGCGGUCGAGACAGCAGCAGGGCAUUUCCAACGUUGUUGGCUUUCGUGGUGAAUCGGAAUUCGCAUGCUGAAUGUGAGUCUUUGGGCGUGAGCGGCGGUGGGCGGGCGGCGGCGGGGUGCCUGUUUACGUACGGGGAGGAUGCCUUCAAUACUUUCUUCUCUGAGACCGGGGCCGGAAAGCAUGUCCCGCGCUGCGUCAUGGUGGAUUUGGAGCCGACCGUCGUGGAUGAGGUCCGCACAGGAACAUACCGCCAGUUGUUCCACCCAGAGCAGCUCAUUUCUGGGAAGGAGGAUGCGGCGAACAACUUCGCACGUGGACAUUACACCAUCGGGAAAGAGAUUGUUGACUUGGUGCUUGACAGGAUCCGCAAGUUGGCCGACAAUUGCACUGGCUUGCAGGGCUUCUGUGUCUACAAUGCUUGCGGAGGAGGUACCGGCUCCGGCUUGGGCUGCCUCAUGCUUGAGCGCCUGUCCGUGGACUACGGGAAGAAGAGCAAGAUUUCCUUCACGGUCUGGUGCUGCCCACAGGUGGCAACAGCAGUCGUCGAGCCGUACAACACUGUCCUGUGUGUCCACUCCCUGCUGGAGCACACAGAUGUGACGAUCAUGUACGACAACGAAGCACUCUAUGACAUCUGCCGUAGGAACCUGGACAUCGAGCGCCCGACCUACACCAACUUGAACCGCUUGAUCGCCCAGAUCAUCAGCUCCCUGACGGCCAGCCUGCGCUUCGACGGGGCCUUGAACGUCGACAUCACCGAGUUCCAGACGAACCUGGUGCCCUACCCGCGCAUCCACUUCAUGUUGACGUCCUACGCCCCGGUCAUCUCCGCCGAGAAGGCCUACCAUGAGCAGCUCUCCGUGGCCGAGAUCACCAUGUCCGUCUUCGAGCCGGCCUCCAUGAUGGUGAAGUGUGAUCCCCGACAUGGGAAGUACAUGGCUUGCUGCAUGAUGUACCGCCGGGGUGGCGAUGUGGUGCCGAAGGACGUGAACGCCGCGGUUGCCACCAUCAAGACCAAGCGCACCAUCCAGUUCGUGGACUUUUGGCCUGGGAGGUUUAGGGGUUGGGGUUUAGUCAGACUUGGGGCUUGGAGUGCAUGA